AUGCCAGACCUCACCGCAGCUCACUCCACGAACGGCCAAGGAGGCCCAGCAGACCGCAACGGGGUCCGCCAGACCGACUCGGUACGCAACGAGAAUGCAACAAGCCUGAACAUCGAACACACCAGCGACUCACCCGAGCGCCACCAGCAGAUCCGCCAGCAGGAACUCGACCUGAACUACUAUCGGAAGUUCCUCGAAGAUUUGGUCGCCGUCAUGCGCGAUGCUCAUAGCGAUUCUGUCGCUCAGCUCGUCUUGCUCAUUCGCUCCGGGGCGUCGACCGGGGAGAUCCAUGCCGCCCUUCAACGCGUCCAGAAUGGGAGCUGA